AUGCGUAUUGGUCCCUCCCACGUCUUCACGGCUUUAACAGCCGUGGUGGUCAUGGCCGUAGUAUGGAUGCACUACGGCACCGACGACGGACUGGCGACCAUCUCGACCGGCAUCUCAGAGACGCUGAUAGGCGAUAGUUUGAAGUCUACUAUGGCGAGGAGCGAGAAGUUGUGGCAGAAGACUGUGAGGCAGAGACAUGAGGUUAUAGCGAAGUUUGGGGAGAUGGGAUUUUUCCCCGCAGUCUCUGUGUCGACUUACUUCACGACUCCGUAUUCCGUGUGGGACUUAGUGCCAGCAUCGUACAAUUGCCCUUUUGAAGUCGAGCGCAUUGGACGUAUGGGCGAUGGUGGGAAGUGGGUGUGUGGAAUGAGUAAAUACGAGAAGAAUACUCGUCCGUGUAUUAUUUAUUCUUUUGGUGUACAAAAUGAAUCCAGUUUUGAGGAAGAAAUGCUCGAGCGAACAAAUUGUCAAAUCUGGGGUUACGACUUCACCGUCGACGCAUUCGGACCCGCCAUCCAAAACACAUAUGCGAGUCGCACACACUUCUUGAAGGCCGGUAUCUCAGGUACCACCGAACCGAGCAAAGACCCACCGUUCUACACGAUCCAGGAUUUGAUGGCUAAGAAUGGCCAUACUUACAUCGACAUCCUCAAAAUCGACAUCGAAUACGCCGAGUUCGACGCCCUCACCGCAUUCGAUUCUCACACCUCAGCAGACCCUGAAUACCCUAUCGGGCAGAUGCUGAUUGAGAUCCAUCUGUUCAACCGCGGGAAGACGAUGAUGGAUUUCAUUGGGUGGUGGGAGGCGCUCGAGGAGAGGGGAUGGAGACCGGCGUGGACGGAGCCGAAUCUUUUGGCUGUGACGUUGAGCUUGGAGGAUAAGAAUCCGAGGUUGGCGGAGUAUUCCCUCGUAAACGUCAAGGGGAAGUCAAACCUACUGUUCAGAUAA